AUGGACCCCUUGGUAAAAGUCAUGGUGGAAGCUAGCAUCUACUUUGGUGAGCGUGGCGACUUCGCCUAUAGCUUAGCCCUCUCCUGUUUCCUCGCUCUGAACAGCGACCCUUUCAGAAACCCUGCCCCGUUUAGUCCGCAACGGAUCAAGGGAUUACUCAUGAUUUCCAAGCUUCUAAGCCAUACGGGCGCAGAGUCAGCUUCAGCACAACCGGGAAAUGACGGGUCAGUAAGGUCGAGACUUGCGCAAUCCUUAAUGAGGAUGGAUCAGGCGACCAUGGCUCAGGCAAUCCUGCGAAUGGCUGUCCACUAUGGUCCUUUGGCGCAUUCGGAAGAAUGGCAGGUGUAUCGAGAAGCGAGCCAGCUGCUGAAAGAUAUAGAGAGUCUGCCAGGUCGGGAGAAGGAAUGUGCUGCCAUCAAAUUUUGGGUGAAGGAGCAAAAUGAUCUGGAAGCCUCCAACGCAAUUGGCAACUGGGACACGCCCGGCACGGUUAAAAACACAACGGCCGACGCAACAACAAGCACAAGUACUAGCGCAAGCGAAGCGACCAGCCUGAAGCGCUCCAAGCCACAUGACGAAGACGAGGACGACGGUGGUGGAUGGCAGACUGUCGGCAAGAAACAUCGAACGAGGAAGCACAAGAAGAUCCCCAAAACCGACUCGUCCAACUACCCCUCCAUCACCUUCAACUAUAAUGCCAAGCUUCAGUCCAAGGUCUCGCUGGAACAAUUGCGCAAUCUCAUACUGUACAUCUUUGCGGAAGGUCCAGGCCCAAGCUGGGUUUCUAUCGCCCAUCGACCCCAGUUCAGGAAGAUCGUCACGUUGAUGAUUCCUGGGUUGGAAGAGGCUAUGUUCAAGCAAGAUAUUGACUUUGCAACCUACGCAGACCAGGCCAGAUGUGUCGAUGAGAAACCGCGCGUCAUCACAAGUCCCGAUGACUAUUACCCUCGACUUCUCAAGAAGGGCGAGCUACCUGAAGUUCUGCAACCCUUUGCCGACUUUUUCCCCCAUCUUUGGCCUAUAAAGACUCCGGCCGACGAAAAGCGUGGGCAACUACGGUCGCCGAUGGGCACCAUGUUGACUGCCCCUCUCGAGAAGUCUCAGGAGUUGAGGGGUCCGAAGGGUGCGGUGCGGCAAGCAAAUGAACCUAAGGGGUGGAAAGACCAGCGCACUCGGAUCACGGAAUUCUUACUCAUGCCCGAGGACUUUAUACCAAAUGGAUACGUCCUUCAUCCGGCACUGAUUAGUGAUGCAGAGCGCCGCAAGGAGUUCAAAGAUCAGGAAGGCUGGGUCCACACAAGAGUAGAGAAUCUAGAAGAUGGCGACGUCCCGGAGGCUGAGAUUGAGCAAGGCUCCAUCACGGCUGGCCGCGAAAUUUUGGGCCUCGAUUGUGAGAUGUGCAUGACAGGUGAAAACGAGUUCUCCCUCACCAGAAUCAGUCUAGUAAACUGGGAUGGGACCGUGGUUAUGGAUAAACUGGUCAAGCCCGACAAGCCUAUCACCAACUACGUUACCCAGUGGUCUGGUAUCACGAAAGAGAUGAUCGAUCCUAUAACGACCACUCUCAAGGACAUUCAGUCAGAAUUGCUGGAAAUUCUUCAUCCUAGGACUAUUCUCGUUGGUCAUUCAUUAGACUCGGAUCUCAAGGCCAUGCAGAUGACACACCCUUUUAUUGUUGAUACAGCAAUUCUCUUCCCCCACGUCCGCGGACCGCCGCUGAAGAACAGCCUGAAAUUCCUCACCCAGCGGUUUCUCAAACGAGAAAUCCAAAAAGGUGUCUUGGGCCACAACCCGACGGAGGACGCAAAAGCAUGUCUAGACCUCGUCAAGCAGAAGUGUGAGAAAGGCAAGGCAUGGGGAGCCAAUGAGCUGCAGGGCGAGAACCUGUUCCGCCGCCUCCACCAAGCCGGAACAGCAUAUCGUGCCAAUGGAGGUGUUGAGGCCACAGGCGGCGCAAAGAUCGGCAAAUCCAGUGCCAUGGUAGAUUGGGGGGAUCCCAUGAAAGGACCAGGAGCCGCUUCGACGUAUGCCAUCGGCUGCAAGUCGGAUGAUGAGGUCGUCGAAGGCAUUUUCCGAGCAGUGAAAGGCGACCCAGCAGCAGAGGAAAUUCCCUUCGGUGGUGCCGAUUUCGUAUUCGCGCGCUUCCGGGAGCUUGAGGCACUGCAGGGAUGGUGGAACCGCAACCGAUCCGGCGCCGAUCCCGACUUUCUCGCACCCCCUGACAUGGAUAGUGGCUCGUCAUCAGACCUCAAGACGUGCCUGGAGAAGUUGACGGCCAAUCUGAAGAAAAUUCACGAAGCGCUGCCUCCUUGCACCGCGUUCAUCGUCUUCAGCGGUAGUGGCGACCCUCGCGAGAUGGCGCGGCUACAAGCAAUGCAUACCCAACACAAGCGUGAGUAUAACACUCCGGGUAGCAAAUGGGACGAGCUCAGCGUCAAGUGGACCGACACGGAGGACCAGGCACUGAAGAAAGCCGUCCAAAAUGCGAGAAAUGGAAUUGGCUUUAUUGGCGUUAAAUAA